GCCACUUUUCCACCUCCAUAGAUCCAUUCCCUAUGAUCCCCCCACCACACGCCCUCUCUCAUGUCUUUUCUCUUUUUCUAAUUGCUUUCAUUCACUUUUCUUGACUUUAUUUUAGCCUAUAAAACCUUCUUCUUCUUCUUCUGCUAUAUCAGUCUAUAUCGUGUCCUAUUGUAGAUAGUUAGAAGAAGAAGGGAAACACUAUAAUUAAUUGAUUGAUUAAUUGAUUAAUUGAUUGAUUAGAGAUUAGAGGAUCCAUGAAAGAUGGUGGUAGGAAGCAGGGUGCACCCUCACCCUGUGCUGCAUGCAAGCUUCUUAGGAGAAGGUGUGCUCAAGAUUGUGUUUUUGCUCCUUAUUUUCCUGCUGAUGAGCCUCAGAAGUUUGCAAAUGUGCACAAAGUCUUUGGUGCCAGCAAUGUCAACAAGAUGCUUCAGGACUUACCAGAGCAUCAGCGAGGAGAUGCAGUGAGCAGCAUGGUGUAUGAAGCAAAUGCAAGAGUGAGAGACCCUGUCUAUGGCUGUGUAGGGGCCAUCUCAUCUCUUCAGCAACAAAUUGAUGUGUUGCAGACCCAAUUGGCAGUGGCACAGGCUGAGGCUGUGCACCUCAGAGUGCGCCAAGCUGCAUCACUCUACAGCCCCACUAGCCCAACCAACAGUGGCUCUCCAUCACAAGCCAAGCCUAUUUUUGACAUGGACAUGGUGGUGGACCAGACCCCCUAUGGUGAUUCAAUCUGGUGAUAUAUGCCUGCUACUAGCUAAUUUAAUUAUUAUUAGUAAUAUAAAACUAUACUAGUAUACCUACUUAGAUCAUGACAAGAUACAAAAAACAAAAAAUUAAGGUGACAUUGUUUUCUCAAGUGGUGCCUUCUAUAUACUUUUACUUUAUAGUAGGAUGAGAAGUGUACAAAUAAUGCAUUUUUUAAUACACUCUUUUUGCUAUAUUAUUUAUUAUUCGUUAAAAGUUAUUGAAAGUUACAAAAUUAUGAGCAAAAUUCGUUAAAAGCGUGACUUGUAUGAUUUUGUAAUUUUUAAUAAAUUUUAAUUGAUAAUAUAAAAUGUGUUUAAAAGAAUGUGUUAGAAAUUGUGUUGUUGUCAUUUCUCUUUGUAGGAUACAAGUAGAACUCUAGAAGCAGUUGUGGCUGCGGGUGUGGUGGUGAGACUGAAGAGAGCUGUGGCGGAGGCCGUUCGCCCGCUUAAUCAAUUUCGUUUUGAAAAUUAAUUUCUCAUUGACGAAAUGUGGUGUAUAUGUUUAUUAUAUAUCUUUAUCACUUGACAUUAUGUGAAGGGUUUGGUUAUAUUGUUGGAUUGUGGACUAUUUUCUGGCUGAAGGCUGCGUGGACUUUUUUGUUUUGUUUUUUUCUAGUAAUGUUUUUGACUUGAUCUUUGUUUACAAAGGAGAUGCCCCUAUAGACAUUGAUUUUCAUAUGUAUUGCUACUUCUUCGUAAUUUUGGGGCUGUUACCUAUACAAAAUAUCAUUUUGAA